AUGUGUGCGAGUGAGAAGGGAGAUAUGGAGAGUCCAGGCGAGGAUACGGGACGGGGUGCUCCCCCGCACACCCCUGCGCAACCGAACGGGUCCAAUAAGAUCAUCGGUCGUAACGUGAAUGGGACCAUGGUAGUGACAUCAGCGCCAGCUAACGAAGCCGAACUACAACUGUAUCGAGUGAUGCAACGUGCCAGUCUCUUGGCAUACUACGACACGCUUCUCGAAAUGGGUGGUGAUGAUGUCCAACAGCUGUGCGAUGCUGGUGAAGAGGAAUUCUUAGAAAUAAUGGCACUAGUUGGGAUGGCGUCAAAACCUCUCCACGUGAGACGACUCCAAAAAGCCCUUCAAGAAUGGGUUAACAAUCCAGCCCUUUUUCAGAUACCUAUCGUUCCGAACCUAUGCCCCACCGACAAUCCUUUCAUGCAAUGCAACCAAAGACUCCUAAAUAUACCGCCUUCAAUCCCAAAUUUACCUAGAACUGUUGCGUCACCUGAUAACAAUAGGCCGAUGUAUAGUCCCUCACCAGGUGCUCCAGAGAAUAGUUGCGGAUCCAAUGCCUCGGCACCGAACGCAAGUCCUGUACAUAGUCAUGCUGGAACGUUCACAAAAAUCGUUCUUCCUCCCUCUCCAGCCCCCACCGCACCAGUAACAACAACAGCGAGAUCCUUCUCUCCCCAAAGUGCCUGCCCGCCAGCCUCUUCUGGCUCUAGUCCUAGCUCUGUUACUUCUCCUGUACAGUUAACCCCAGUCCUUUUAGAUAUUCAUGUACAGAAGUUGGCUGCUGCGGCGGAGAAAUUGAGCAAACAUUUGCCACAAUUGGAACCAAAGCCUCAGAAUACGAAAAAGAAAAUGUGUAAAGAGUUGGAGCUGGUGAUGAUGAUGCCGGAAUCAGAUCCAAGGAGGAUGGAGGAAAUAAGGAAGUAUGCGGCGAUUUAUGGGAGGUUUGAUUGCAAACGGAAACCAGAGAAACCGCUUACACUUCAUGAGGUAAUGGUCAACGAGGCCGCAGCUCAGAUAUGCAGAUGUGUCCCUGCGCUGCUCACUCGCCGCGAUGAGCUGUUUCCGCUGGCGAGGCAGUUGGUCAGACGAGCUGGUCUGCACUACUCUAAGCAUGGCCUCCCACCAACCACCGCGACAGAGGAGCGGGACCGCGACGAGGACGAGACGCCCAGUAAACGACCGCGGCAGGAUGGAGAUGACGGUAACGGAGUCAGGGCCAGUCCAGACACAGCCAGAAGCUCGAAUCACAGCUGGUGGGGGAUGAAGACCGAGAGCGACGACGCCGACUCGCGGUGUUCGUACUCCAGCACCAGCACUCCACCACCCGAGGGCGAGGAGGCGCGGCCGCACGUGGUGGCGGCGCGCGGCGACAGCAUCAUCGCCGUGGCCAACCCCGCGCUGCAGCCGCCGCACCCCGCGCGCAACCACUCCAACUGA